GUUAGGGAGUGGACAGUGCGCUGAAAACAGAUAAUUUUUACGUGAAAAUUGCAGACUAUUAUGUAUAGAAAACGCAACAUGUAUUUUAUAUUUUAUUUAUCAUUCAUUAUCGCAAUUAAUUUUGCAUUAAUUGCUGCGCACAAUACAACAAGAAGUACUACAAUAAAACCGCCAGAUCCGAACAAACAUUUCAAAAAGCCGGAUAAAAAAUCAGUUGAUAAAACAUUUGGUAAAGACUUAACAGAUUGGUUAUUUACUGGAUGUUGGGGAGAGGGUAAUCUAGCAAAUAAAUGCUCCCAGUAUCGUAGUGGAACCGAAUAUCCUAGUUACGAUGGAUGGUAUAAUAAUGUUGGUAAACCAGAGCUAGGUGCAGUUGACACUCCAUUGCUAAGAAGACUGCCAGCCGCUUAUGAAGAUGGAGUAUACAAGCCUUCAGGUUCUGAUAGACCAGAACCAUUAGAGAUAAGUGAGAAACUGUUGAGCGGAAAAAUUGGAUCAAAAUCAAGAACGGGAAGAAAUGCUUUGCUUGUAUUUUUCGGUCAGCAAGUAGUGGAGGAAAUUUUAGAUGCUCAAAGGCCAGCGUGCCCACCCGAAUAUAUCAAUAUAAAGAUUCCUGAAAACCAUCGAUACAGAAUUAAGCCGGGACACACGGAAAUGCCGGUUUUACGCACGCGGUACGAUCAUCGAACCGGUCAUUCGCCAAAUAAUCCUCGUCAACAGCUAAACGAGAUUACGCCAUUCUUAGACGGUGGAUUAAUUUACGGUACAUCUAAAGCAUGGUCCGACGUUUUAAGGACAAAUAGCAGUGGAAUAUUGCAGCCGGAUGGUCAACUCGCAUCAUCGUACUUUGGUUUAUAUCCUGAUUACAAUACGGUCCGAUUACCGAUGGCCAAUCCACCGCCUCCUAUUCAUCAUCAUCAAUAUGUUUCGCAGCAUUAUAGCGAGAGCGUCACCAGAUAUUUCAAAUUGGGAAAUCCGCGAGGGAAUGAAAAUCCGUUCCUGCUGACUUUUGGUAUAAUAUGGUUCAGAUGGCAUAACUUCGUAGCGUCUCAUAUUAAACGUCACAAUCCAAAUUGGUCAAGCGACAAGAUUUAUAAUGAGGCUCGUAAAUGGGUGAUAGCAACCCAGCAACACAUUAUCGUCGAUGAAUGGUUGCCUUCGUGGCUGGGAAAAAGACUUCCUGAUUAUAGUGGUUACAAUCCCAAUAUCGAUCCGCAAAUAGAACAAUUUUUUCAAUCGGCUGCUUUUCGUUUUGGACACACCUUGGUUCCACCAGGUGUAUACUUGCGCAACUAUGGAAGGAAUAAUUGUUCUUUGGAAUCAUAUCCAGUUAGAACAUGCAAUAAUUAUUGGAUGUCACAGAAUUCUCUCUAUGCAAAUUUAACGAGAAUAAAGGAUGUCAUUGACGUGGAGAAAUUAUUAAUGGGGAUGGCUAUUCAAUUAUGCGAAGAGGAGGAUCACAAGAUCGUUGAAGAUUUGCGGGGCAGUUUAUUCGGACCAUUGGAAUUCUCAAGAAGAGACUUAAUGGCACUUAAUAUUCAGAGGGGACGCGAUCACGGAGUACCCGAUUAUAACAGCGCUCGUCGUGCGUACGGUUUACCGGAAAUUAAAAAUGUAUCUCAUUUUAAUCGCGUAAAUCAAGCGAUUCGAGAUGAAUUUCUCAGACUAUACAAUAAUUCGUUCAAGAACGUGGAUAUCUGGGUAGGUGGUAUACUAGAAACUAACGAUGGACCCGGGGAGCUAUUUCAAAAUAUUAUCGGUGAUCAAUUUCAACGAAUACGCGACGGUGAUAGAUUUUGGUACAAGAAUUUCGACAAUAAACUUUUUACUUACGAGGAAAUUCGAAGAUUAGAACAAUUAUCAUUUUAUGAUAUGUUAAUGUGUAUCACUAAAAUGGAGUGGAACGAUAUUCCAAGAAAUCCCUUUAGAGUCCCUAAAACAGUGGAUGAUAUACAUCCCAGUUGUAUUAAUAAUAAAAUUGUUAAAAAAGGCAAUUGUACAUCCGGUUCUUGUUUUCAUGCUGAGCAGAUAAACGAAUAUACAAUCGAAAAUUGCACAGAACCUGGAACUUACGACUUUUUCUCCAACAGCAACGUAUCCUUCAUUCUUACAUUUUUAGGUGUAUCAAUAUUUUUCUGCGGUAUCAUUACAUUAAUAGUGUUUAAGAUACAACUUAAGGAAAAGAAAUCAAUGAGAGAAAGUAUUAAGAAAGUAGAUCAUAGUGAUAAUAUAGAUAUUAUACAUACUGCUAGUGAAUGGCAAGAACCAAAAGCUGCACUUAGAUAUGUAAUAUUAAUGCCAAAUAUCAGAAAAAAGCAACUGGAAGUGAAAAAUCAAUUGGGACAUUUGAUACGCGGUAUCGACUUUCCAAACAAUAGCAAUGUUGUGAUUUAUUGCGCAUCUGAUAGUCACUAUAUUUUAAUCCGUGUACAUCAUAGUUAUGAUUUAGUAUUAAAGUUUGAUUCCGAUUUUUUAAGAAGCACAUUUAUAAAAGCAUUCGAAAGAUUUAUAUCAGAUAUUGCAAAAUCCAGAAAUGUUUCAAUGCAAAUGAUGACUAAUACCACACAUGCAGCAUUACUCAAGCAAGCAAUAACUAAAAAGCAUCGUCAGAAGAAAUUGGAAAUGUUUUUCCGCGUCGUAUUUGCACAGGCAUUCCAUAUUGCACACACGGAAGAAGAAAUUUUACAGAUAGAUUCGACAGUUGCAAGAGAAGUAAUUUAUACCGAGCUAACCAUCAUAGAAUUCGCGGAAGCUCUGAGUAUGAAGCCGGACGCUGAAUUCGUGAAGAAGAUAUUUAAUCUAGUGGAUAAAGAUAAGAACGGUUUUAUAUCAUUUCGAGAAUUUGUUGACAUGUUGGUAAUAUUUCUAAAAGGCUCUUCAGAAGAGAAAAUGAAGUUAAUGUUUGAUAUGUAUGAUAUUAAUGGUACAGGAAGACUUAAAAAAGAAGAGUUCUCGGCUAUGUUAAGAUCAUUCAUGGAGACUGGCAAUGCUGAUAUAACAGAUGAUGAGUUGGAAACUUUGGUGCAAUCCAUGAUGUAUCACGCAGAUUUGGCAAACAAAGAAACUAUAAAUUUACAAGAUUUUCAACAGAUACUCCGCGAUUUUAAUGAUAAAUUCAAUUAUGUAGAAAUAGAAUUCAAUGUGCCUGCAGAUGGAAAGAGUAGCAGAAAGCUUCAUGCAGGCGUGCAAACUGUUAGAUCAACAUUUAUUGGCGAAGUACAAAAGACGGUAGAAAGUCUAUAUGCUGAUCCAAAUGAAUUACGAUACAGAAUCGAGGGCAAAAUAGAGAGUAAAAAAAAUGCGAAAGAGGAAAUAAGUAACAGCGAAAUUAUUGACAAGAAUGAGAAAAUUGUUGAAGAGGUGAAAAAACACUCGGAUAAUUAUUGGUAUCCUAUAAUGAAAUAUCUCGCUAAUAAACGAUUGCAAAUAUUCUGGGCAUGUUUGUACACUCUAUUUCUGCUUGGUAUUUUCGCAGAGCGAGUAUAUUAUUAUUCUAUACAACGAGAACAUUCUGGUUUGAGACGAAUAUUAGGCUAUGGUCUUACUAUAACGAGAGGUGCGGCAUCGGCUAUGAUGUUUACUUAUUCCACGUUACUAAUCACAAUGUGCCAUAAUACUAUUACUGUUUUGAGAACUACGAUUUUGCAAUUUUACAUUCCUUUCGAUUCAGCAAUGGAAAUGCACAAAUAUAUUGCUUAUUGGGCGUUAUUCUUUACUGUGUUACAUAUAAUCGGACACGGCUUUAAUUUUUAUCAUAUAUCUACACAAACUGCUGACGAUCUGACAUGUUUGUUUCGAAACUAUUUCCAUGCAUCACAUGAAUUGCCAAAAUUUCAUUAUUGGUGUUGGGGUACAAUGACAGGUAUAACAGGAAUAUUUUUAACCAUUAUAACUGGAUUAAUAUUUGUGUGCUCUUUACCAAUGGUACGCAAGUCAUUUUACAAUUGGUUCUCUUUUAUACACUCCUUGUAUCCAAUUUUCUAUAUUCUGAUGAUUUUACAUGGCAGUGGAAGAUUAGUACAGGAACCAUAUUUUCAUUAUUUCUUCUUGGGACCAGCCAUUCUAUUUAUUCUUGAUAAAGUUAUAACUGUGACUAGAAUAACGAUAGAGAUACCAAUACUUAAGGCAGAAAUUUUACCAUCAGGUGUAACAUGUAUAACAUUUUUAAAACCUUUAAAUUUUCAAUACAAAUCUGGCCAGUGGAUUAGAAUAGCAUGUCCAGUAUUGCAAACAAAUGAAUAUCAUCCAUUUACUUUAUCGUCUGCGCCACAUGAAACGAAUUUAAGUAUACAUGUACGAGCAGUUGGACCAUGGACCACGAAUAUUAGAGAAAAACUAGAAUUGUAUACAAUGACUAAUGAAAAUUUACCAAUGAUUCAUAUUGAUGGUCCAUAUGGAGAAAGCCAUCAAGAUUGGGAUAAAUAUGAAGUGGCAAUCAUGGUUGGUGGUGGUAUAGGUGUUACACCUUUUGCAUCAAUACUCAAAGAUAUUGUUUUUAAGUCAAACUAUAAUUUAAAUUUUGGUUGCAAAAAGGUAUAUUUUGUUUGGGUGACAAGAACACAAAAACAAUUUGAAUGGAUGGUUGAUAUAUUGAGAGAGCUUGAAAAAGCAGAUAUUAAUAAUACAGUAUCAAUUCAUAUUUUUGUUACUCAGUUUUAUCAAACAUUUGAUCUGCGUACGAUACUUUUAUAUAUUUGCGAACGUCAUUUUCAAAAGAUUUCAAACAAAUCCUUAUUUACUGGACUGAAAGCAGUGACACAUUUUGGACGCCCGAAAUUCUCUCAAUUUUUCUUGUCUAUACAAAAAUUGCAUACUACUACAAACAAGAUUGGUGUUUUUAGUUGUGGUACACCAGCUAUGACACAAGCAGUAGAUGCAGCUUGUAAAGCAAUUAAUCUAACAGAAAUUAACGAUACGUUAUUUCAACACCAUUACAAAAGUUUUUAAAAGUUUCUUCCUGAAUAUUUUUGGUAUAAAAUUUUCUGUGAUAGGUUCAAUUGUUUCAUAAUAAUCACAAUUUUAAUUCGUCAUUUUUAUUCAUAUAUCUCUUUGAUAAGUCAUGUUCUUGUAAGUAAACAUUAUACAUAGAAGGAUAAACUAAGAAAUAGAAAUAAAAAAAAAAAAUACUUUGUCAUAUACUUGCAUUAAUAUUGGAAUUAUAUAUCAUAAAUAACUCGUUGAUUAAAAUUUUAUAGUUAAUAUUACUUAGAUAUUAA